AUGUUUUUCUUCUUCUCUGCCCUUAUACCAGCCGCAGAACAGCGAGCAGUCAAGUCAAGUACUGUAAAGGCCGAUGCGGAAGCUCUCCAACGCUUCGUGGCCAGUGAAUUCCGUUUGGCUCAGGCGCAGACCUUUCUGCCCUACAAGCGGGCCCGCUUCUCUCUGUCUUCUGUUUCGACAGAGAAAACAACCGCGGCGACGACGACGACGACACCAGCUUCUAUACUUGGUCAACUUCACCAUGGCGGGCUUCUCAGUCCAGCCCUGAACACACUCUAUAGGGCCGCUAUCGAGCACGCAAAAGUCACCAAGACGAAGCUUAAACAGAGCUUCGAUGACCUCACGGCUUGGAAGUUCUCUCCCGACAGCCCUUCAGGAAAGCGUCUCAUGACCUGCAUGCGUCAAUUGCUGGCGAAAAACGAAAGCCUCGGACGUGUCAACGAGGCUGACCGCUUGGCUUCCCUGGAGUCUGAGGCUGCGAUGCAGGCUACUUGCAUAGAGGAAUUUCUGAAAACUAAUCAAGAGGAGUCUUCGUUUGAUUUGGAGGGCCUCCAAAGUAGCCUCCUCAUACUCAAGCAACAACUUUGUCUGGCCGAGUCCCUUCUAGAUGAUCUCAAGAGGGAAUAUGAAGUGCAUUGUCCCGGCCAGGUAGAUGCCCUGAUUGAGGCCGCUCUCACUGACCUCAGUCAGCUUCAGGAGAGCGUAGAUGACGGGGAAGAGGAGGAGGUUCCUGAAAACGAACCCGAGUCCCUUGACGCCGUCAGUGGUGACGCUGCCGAUCGGCUGUUGCAGGAGAAGGAGGGCGAGAAGGAAGAAGAAGAAGAAGGGGAAGGGGAAGCAGACGAAGAAAAAUUCAGUAAAGAAAGAGACCAUGAUGACGGCUCUAAGUGCAAGCCGGAAGAAAGCGAAGGCGCCCCUUCGCAGGCGGAGUUGACAGAAAAUACAUAG